AAAAGUAAAAGUACAAAUGCCACUUCCUCAUCUACUCCGCUCCCUCUCCCACGCUCCCACUCGCUCCCCUCCCUUCCUCACCCUCCUCUGCCGAUCCAUGGCCACCGAGCCCAUCAGCCCAUCCACCACCCGCGUGGGAUGGAUAGGCACCGGCGUCAUGGGCCGCUCCAUGGCCUCCCACCUCAUCAACGCCGGCUACACCCUCACCGUCUUCAACCGCACUCUCUCCAAGGCCCAGCCCCUCGUCGACAUGGGGGCCCACUUGGCCCAAAACCCCCUCGCUGUCGCCUCCCGAUCCGACGUCGUAUUCUCCAUCGUCGGCUACCCCUCAGACGUCCGCUCCGUUCUCCUCGACCCCACAUCCGGCGCGCUCUCUGGCCUCCGCCACGGCGGCGUCCUCGUUGACAUGACCACCUCGGAGCCCUCUCUCGCCGACGAGAUCGCCGCCGCGGCUGCCUCCAAGGACUGCGCCGCGAUCGACGCCCCGGUCUCCGGUGGAGACCGCGGCGCCAAGAACGGAACCCUCGCGAUCUUCGCCGGCGGGGACGAGACAGUAGUCAAGCGUCUGAACCCGCUGUUUGCCCUUCUGGGUAAGGUUAAUUACAUGGGUGCCCCCGGAAAGGGGCAAUUCGCCAAGCUAGCGAACCAGGUGGUGAUCGCUUCGACGAUGGUGGGGUUAGUGGAGGGGAUGGUGUACGCGCACAAGGCUGGGCUGGAGGUGGGUCUGUUCCUGGACGCCAUCUCGACGGGUGCGGCGGGGUCCAAGUCGCUAGACUUGUACGGGAGUAGGAUCUUGAAGAGAGAUUUGGAGCCUGGGUUCUAUGUGAACCAUUUUGUGAAGGACUUGGGGAUAUGUUUGAAGGAGUGUCAGAGAAUGGGUCUGGCUUUGCCCGGGCUGGCUCUGGCUCAGCAGCUCUAUCUGUCGCUCAAGGCUCAUGGGGAGGGCAGCUUGGGGACCCAAGCGCUUAUUUUGGCUCUGGAGCGGCUUAAUAAUGUUUCGCUUGAAUCUGCUCCGGCGGCGGCUCCUUCGUCUUAGACUGGUACACAUUUUUUUUUUUAAUGUUUAUGGGGGCGAUAAAGAUUGUAUAGUGGUUUUUUAUGAUUUAGUGUAUCAGCCAAUAUUUGCAAUAGUUAACAUAUGUGAUAAAUUACAUUUCCCUUA